AUGGGUGGGCCCUGGAGCCCCUGGGGCGCCCCUCCGCCUCCAAACCGCGGGAGCCCGCCCGGGGUGGGGGGGCAGCGGGUACCGCUCCCGCCCCGGCCCAGGCGUCCCCCGCAGGCCUCGAGAAAGCAUCCGUCUUCGGUCCUGCCUUUUGUCUUCAGUCCCCCCUCCUUCUCCGCAGAGCAGGCCCGCAGCAGGCUGGAGCAGGCCGGGCGGCCUCGCGCACGCCCACCCAGGCCCCGCUGGGCCUCGGCUCGAGGAGAGGAGCCCGAGUCUCGGAGGCCUGACCCGGCCGCGUGCUCGGCCGAGGCUCCGGGGGGCCCGACCGGGACGCCCGAUCUAGGGCACCCGAGGGCCAGAACCGACCCCCUACCCCGCCCCGCCCUCUGCCAGCGCCCCCAGGCUUUCCCCAUCCCCUGCUCGACCCGGGGAUCAAUAGUGGCCGCUGAUUUUCCGCGACAAUUGCAGCUGCCUAAUUCGUCGGUGAAGAAUUAA